AAAAAUUAGAGAAAGCUGAUGUACCAUGCGGCUAUAUAUAUAAUAUUAAAGAUAUUGUUGAAGAUGAGCAUGUUCAGGAGCGUGAUUUAUUUGAAACAGUUCAUGUCGCUAACAAGGAUAAUGAAGGAUGGGAUUUAAAGAUCCCCUCAAUGUCUCCAAAACUAACCUCUACACCUGGUAAAACAAGAUGGGCUGGCCCAAAUUUGGGCCAACAUAAUCGAGAAGUUCUAUUUGAUAUAUUAGGAUUAGCCGAGGAUGAUGUUAAAAAAUUGCAAAAGGAAGGAAUCGUUGGCAAAACAUAA